GCGCCCCGGCCCCAAGUGGGAUGCCCUCGCGGCCCUCCUCCAUCCCCUCCGCCGAGAAAUCGCCCAUCGAGCUGGGGCAGGACUUCGUGCAUCUCCACGGAAUUGGAGAUAGGCUCAUAUCGACCAAAAUGCCGAAAUCAAGCAAAUCCGCCGACUCCCGCUUUACGCGCCUCUCCUCCGCUCAGGCGAAGAGGAACCGGAAUGCCCGGGCCCGGGCCCAAUCCGCCAUCCGCGACGCUGUUGCCGCUGCUCCAACGAGGAGUUGCCCAUCGACCUGGCGCAGAACUUCGCGCAUCUCCACGGAACUGGAGGUUGGCUCAUAUCGACCAAAAUGCCAAAAUCAAACAAAUCCGCAGACUCGCGGUUUACGCCUCUCUCCUCCGCUCAGGCGAAGCGGAACCGGAACGCCCGGGCCCGGGCCCAAUCCGCCAUCCGCGACGCUGUCGCCGCUGCCGCCGCCCCCAUCUCCGCCGGUCCCGCCCUCGCUCCCCCCACCACCACCACCACCUCCUCCUCCUCCUCCACCACCACCACCACCACCACCCACAGUGUCGCUGCCGCCGCUGAGGCCAGCUCCUCCGCCCCCGCCGUCGCCGCCCCGGACCUGUCCACCAUCCCGGGCAUCGACGCCUGGGCCGAGCAGAGGAGCCGCCUCGGCCGAGCAGAGGAGCGCAAAUCCCGCGACGCUUCGCCCUCGCUGCCCCCACCAUCACCACCACCACCAAACACCCACAGUUCCGCUGCGGCCGCCGAGGCCAGCUCCUCCCUUCGCUGGUUUGUCCACUGGUUGAGGAGACUCGUGGACGGGCCUCCUGCCGUCGUUACCGCCCGCACCGUGUUGGCAAAGGCCGAGCAGCUUGAAAAGGAGAAGCAGAAGACUGUGCGUAUGCAACAAGGACUUCCAGCCAGCAAAUCCGCAAGAUAUACUGCUGUGGGCAUUACACUGCGGCGGAGGAAGCUCUCACAAGUCAUGGCUCCUCCCAUGAUUGUGAUAAGGAUAGGGGCUGCCGGGCGUCAAGAGACUGUAUUACAUGUAACUCUUGGUAAUACAAUCUCUUGAGAAAUCGCCAUUGGGAAAUGGAAUGGCCGUCGUUGUACAUCGG